CGGCGCUCGGUCGUCCGUUGUCGGCGCUCGGUCGUUGUGUGAGACUUAACUUUGUACUUAAUGCAGAGGAGGAGCUGAGGAAGUUGGGAAGCAACGUCCAUUGGCUAACGGUCGUCGACUAUUGUGUGGCGAGAGACUCUGCCGCAGGCAGGAUACCCUUGCUAAGUGCCUCGCUGAGAUCGUAUUCAUAAUCCCAGCCCAAGGUCGCGACGUCCGGAACAAUCUUACUUCAUCUGUUAACAGAGAUGCAGGAGGCUGCACUUUUUCUGGAGAUGUUGCUGCAGUGUGUCCGAAUCGCAUUCCCAUAAGAAAAAGCGACAGGAACACCCUGCCGAACCUUGUUUUACACAGAAGUCUUCAGUGUCGGGAAGUUUCACCAGAUCAGAUGUGUGCGGAUGAUAUCCCAGGAGGGGGCAUCCUCUCAGAGCUGUCUCCUCUGAAAUUGUGAGCGGCUGUGAGCCGCCUCGCUCGCAUCCCUACUUGGCGUCGUGAGGAGAUGAAUCUGAUGAUCGAUGGGCACAGAUGGAUUGCAUCUAAGCGGAGAAGUCAGCAGUACUUGGGGCUUUUUCGGCGUGGGGCUGUGUUCGUCUUCAAUGGCAUCGCUUGUGUGAAUGCCUGUCUGUUGUGCCUUGAGAAGUCAAAGCACCUGGCUGACGACGACGUCUUCUCAUUAUGUUAUUAUAUAUACAUAUAUGUAUACCCACAAAGGAGAUUCUGCCGAAAGGAGCAUGAGGAAGAAAGGGGCUUGCCUCGGAUUGGCAAACCUGAGAUGUGAAGAAUGGAGAGAGCAGAGAACACUGAUUUGACAGCAACGACACUUUACUAUGGCGGCACACUGUUCCAAGCUUUGGCGGCCUGGAUUUGCAUGCGGUCGCUGGUGUGAGUGGUCGUUGGUUUCGACUCCCUGAGAACGUUUGGCGUCGAAAACUUUGAAGGCAAUGUGAACUUAUUAUUUUCUAUUUUUGCAGCAAAGAAACCUUCUGGGGAAUUUGAAAUCCGUGGAUGCGCUGGUCUACAUCUGUUAGGGAAAGGUUUGGCCAAGGAAGUAUGGGAAGGCAAGGAUGAGGGUUUAUCAAUGGCACAGAUUGAGGGAGGAAUGGCGUAUGUCGGUUCAGAAAGGAGCACGUGUAUUAAUCAGUAUAGAUGGCGAAUGGAUAGACGGACAGACAGCUGGAUGGGUGGCGGACGUUCGUCAAAGGGAUGGAUGGGUGGAGGAACGGCUAGCUGGGCGGCAGGCGGAUGAGUCAAUGUGCAAACAGGUAGACGAGAUGGAAGGGACGGGUGAACGAGCAAGCGGGCAGAUCGGAGAACGGGCGGGCAGACGGAAGGACGGACAGACGGACGGGUGCAUGAGCAAGCGUACAGAUUGGAGGACGUGCAGGGAGACGGAAGGGACGGAUAGACGGACGGGGGAAUUAGCAAGCGGACAGAUCGGAGAACGGGCAGGCAGACGGAAGGGACAGACAGAAGGACGGGGGAAUGAGCAAGUGGACAGAAUGGAGAACGGCCAGGCAGACGGAAGGGACGGACAGACGGACGGUGGAAUGAGCAAGUGGACAGAUCGGAGGACGGGCAGGCAGACGGAAGGGACGAACAGACGGACGUGGGAAUGAGUAAGCGGACAGCUCUGAGAACGGGCAGGCAGAAAGAAGGGACGGACAUAAGGAAGGGGGAAUGAGGAAGCGGACAGAUCGGAGAACGGGCAGACAGACGGAAGGGACGGACAGAGGGACGGGGGAAUGGACUGAUGAACCAACAUACAGACAAACAGAGAGACAGACAGACAGACAGACAGACAGACGGAGACGAAUGGAAAGAUGGCAUGAGCACCCAUGUGUCCCCGGAGUUAGUGGAUUAGUUGUGAUGACAUGGAACAGAGCACAGUGCAGGGGCACAUCUAAAAGGAGCCAAGGAUUCGUGAUUAUCGCUUGCUGAGCGCAUGACCACAGCAAGGAAAACUCUGUCGAGCGGAGGAAGGAGCGGAAGCUGCAGGCGCUGGGCGAGCAAGUAGUAUGGCAGCUGACCAGGAUAGCAAUCAAGUAGGAAAGGCGGGUGGGUUCCUAGUUGUAUUCUUCUUCUGUUUACGUUCAAUUCUAUUGUUUUUCCCCUCCUGAAAGGCAGGCAAGCGCGCGCUGUCUUUCAUGGCAAUAAUUUGUCAAAGUGAGAGAGUAUUGCCCCGCCAGCCGCUUUCUGAGUUUGAUUCAUCAUCUAUGGCAUGGGUUGGAUGUGCAUGAGAAAUAACGUGAUCGAGUACCACGCGUAUUUUGUACAUAGAAACCAGUUGGCUGGAGGUUCGUGGCAUCUGGGCAGACGCCAGAAUGCAGCGUGAAGGGCGAUAAUGCGGAUGCAUGCAGAACUUCCAUCCAACUGCGUAAACGAGUGCGUACCGAUGAAUUGGUGUCCUGGGAUGCUCUCAAACGAACGACGAGCCUCCAUGGUGCCCUCGGCAGUGGCUGCGUGUCUUCCCUGCUGUGCGUGCUCCUACAGAGACUGUGUCCCUCGGACGACCUGGGAUGGAUGAAUGGACGGUUGUGUUUGGUCGGGAGUCAGAUUUUAACUUGAAAG